AUGUGACCUAAUUCUAGAUAUGAUAAGCUUGAAAACAAGUUUAGCUUAUAUUUCUAUAAUUAUUUUAAAAUAAUAAUGAGUAGAGCUCUGAGAGAUGCCUCAUUAACAAAAUCCGACACUAGGUAUGCAACUGACAAUAGACCUCCAUCAAGCAUUAAACUCCCAGGCCACACUGCUAUUCCAAAAAAUUAUAUAAAAACCUUUCACCCUAUUCCAAAAGAAAAUCCUAAUUCAACACCUUAUACUUUUAGUCAUUCUUCGAUAAAAUCUAAUUCCGAUAAGAAAAAUUCAAGGCCUUUAUCAGCGCUUCCGGCGCAUGAAGAAACAAAAAAUAAAAAGGAUGAGCCGAAAAGAAAAGAAGCUUCUACAAACUACAUUAAUCAAUCUCAAAGCAAUAAUCAAUGAACUGAUAGUAAAAAAGUCAAUGAUAUAAAUAGGAACGCUGAAAAAGGAACUAACAUGAAAACUAUAAGCAAUCCAAGAGAAAAUAGAAGAGAAGAGUUAAAAUCAAACAAACCUGAGGCCUUCACUGUUAAUAUGAAUAUUGAGACUGCUAAUAAGGAAAGUAUUUAUGAUAGAAACCCUAAUGUUUACCAGAGAACUAAUUAUAAUUAUGAUAUUCAAGAAAGACAGUAUGAGCAUAUUAAUCCUGAUAAAACAGAUUCAACAUCUUUAACUUCAUACGAAACAGCAUUACUAGGGCAGCCAUAUAUAAAUUCUGGAACACCUCAAGAAAUGAGAUUUCUCAGUCAGGAAACUAAGCUGACACCAACUGAUAAUAAAAUAAGUUCAAUUAUUGGUGGAUCUAUUUCUGAAAAUCAAAGAUUUAAUAAUUCUUUACCUAAAUCAAGAAUGACUCCAGAAAACUUCGACAAAACACCUCAAAAUAAAUGCAUUGAACUGGAGGAAGAAAAUCGCAAGCUCAAGGAAGAAAUUUUAAAUCUCAAAGAACAAAUUGAUGAUAUAAACCAAGAAAAAAUAAAAUCCGAAGUAAUAAUUAUUAAGAAAUACAAUCAGAAUUUGCAGAAUGAAAAUUUUAAUUAUAAAAAUCAGCUCGAGCUCUUAAAUAGCCAAUUAUCCAAAUAUAAGGAGGACUUUAUCUCCCUAAAACUAGAGUAUGAAAAUCAAUGAUCACAAUUAAAUAAAGAGAUCAUAGAUUUAAAAGAUUAUAUUUCAAGACUUGAAGUAAUUGUUAUUCAGAAAGCGCGACUUGAAGAUAAUGAAAAAUAUACAGCACAUGUAAAUAAUUUAAAUGCCCAAAAAAAAUUUAUUGAAGCUCAGCACUCUGAUGCUAUAUGGAAAUUAAAUAAUGAGAAAUCGGUAAUUGAAGUAAUAGAUAUGUAGGGGGAAAAGGUACGCCUUGAGAAGCAAAUAGAAGAUUUAAAGGCAACUUAUAGAAUAAUGUCGAAAAGUGUUGUACGCAAUGAAAAAGAAGAUAAUUCUAAACAAUUGGACAUGGAGUUGAAAAAAUGCCAGAAAGAGAUUGAGGAUUAUAAGUUUCAAUUGAGAAACUCAGGACCUAUAGUGAAAGUAUAUCAUGAGAGUUUAAUAGCUUCACUUGAAGAGCAAAUUACUGAACUUGCAAAUUUAAACUCGCAGUUAGAAAAUGAUCUGUCAGCUGCAAAUAUGAAACUGCGCCAGCAUAACAUUUAUUAA